AUGGCUUUGCACUCAAAUGCAAAACCAUCAAGUAUAGCGAAACAAGAAGUAAAGCAAUUCUCUGUUUCUCCCAGAACCUCGCUUCACUGCUUUACUAGUUUGGGAACUUGGACAGAAAUGGAACCAAAAUUUAUGUGCUUUACAAAAGAAUCUCUCACGAGAUCAGAUGUGCAGCGUAACUUAGAGAUACCUAACGCUGCGUCUUUCUUGCAACCCGAGAAUGAGAUCAUGGUUGUACGUGACCAAGCUGGAACCACGUAUCAGUUUAUAGCAUCAGAGAGGAAAGGAGGGCGAAAGGCUCUGACGCGCGACUGGCAUGACUUUGCCGUGGCAAAGAAUCUUCAAGUUGGUGACUCUCUGAGAAUUUAUUGGUCAGGGAAUGAGAAUGAAUAUGUGGUGCAGUUAGGCACCAAACUCUUUGGAGAUCACAUAGUUUGGCUACAAGAAUAA